ACUGCCACAGCAAAUUGGCAAGUGGCAUUUUAACGUUUUGCCGUGAUGUCUACUGAUCCUGCAGCGAUCGUGCGAUGGCUUGAGCGAUCUCGUCCUCUUCGUCUGCGUUGUCGGUCGAAGUUGCAGCGGAAUUGGGUGCCACAGGGGUGGACGAAGCAGCAGAAGCAGGGGCUGGAGUCGGGACAGGUGCGGUCGGAGCUGCGGGUGUCGGCGCGCUAGCGAACGGGUUGGCCGUGUUAGAGCCGGCAGCGAACGGGUUGGCAGCUGAGGACGGUGCUGCGGCGCCGAACGGAGACCCUCCGAACCCACCAAGACCGCCCAUGCCUCCUGCCAUCAUCUGCUGCAUGCGCGCCAUGGCGUUCGGGUCGCUCAUCAUUUGGCUCAUCUGUUGCACCAUCGCCGGAUUCUGCUGCAGCGCCUGCAUGGACUGCGCCAGCAACGCCGGGUUCUGUAGCGCCUGGGCAAGCAUGGGAUUCUGCUGGGCCAUUUGCUGUACCAUGGGGUUGUUCGCCAUGGACUGCAACAUCGCUGGGUUUUGCAACAAAGUCUGCGCCUGUGAUGCAAAGUCUCCUCCCAGUCCGCCAAAGCCUCCCAUUGACGCUCCAAACGGCGACGCUGCAGCGGGUGCUGCACCUCCCAACGUCGUCACUAUGGAGUCCACAACUGCCUUGCACGCCACCAAAUUCUCCCAUUUCUCAGGUGUCGGCACCAGCACCAAAUGUCCCUACAAUUAUCAUCAGUCUUUUUCACUCAAUUGAUCCGUCCUGUAUUGCAACUCACCGCUUGGACGCCAUCUUGGAACCCGAGCAGCUUGACGCUAUCCUGUCCCCUCGUCCGGUCGAAUAAUUUGGCUUUGAGCGCAGCGUUGUCCACCCUCAGCUUCCUGUACUUCUCCUCGUUGGGGUGGCCCACAAUGUUGGCACAGAUCUUCUGGAGCGUACGCACCGCCGUCGCGUACUGUUCGUGCGACUCGUAGUCGCGCAUCUGCUGCAGGAACGUCCGCAGUUGAGUGGGAGGCGCCGGUCCCGUUGUUGCUGCUCUAUUAGCUGCUGCUACGGCACCUGGACUGAUAGUCAAGUGCAGCGCACAACCCGCAGCCACGUGGUAGUCGGCCAGCUUCUUGUCGUCCUGCAGGAUCUGCCCCUGGAAAAUCAGACGCUGCGCAGCCACGGGGAAACGCUGCGCAUUCUGCUGCUCAAUCUGCUGCUUAAGCGUCAGCACUGAGGCCGACGCCAGGUCCACGUGCACGUGCAGGUCCUCGGACGUGCCGCUCACCACUUUGAUAGUCAACUCGUCCAUUUUGUCAAAUGACUGUAGAAUUGUAUCUGAAGAAAAGGUUACACAAAUGAUACGUAAUUGGUACUUCAUAUGUACAUAAUAUGAUCUUGAAGCGACGCAGAGUCUGUAGAUGAAGAUGAAGGCGAGGAAGACGUCUGUAAGAUUUAGUAGCAGCGGAGGCAACGAGAACUUGACUACAGAUGCGCUUAAAACCGCACCGACGCCGACAGAGUUGACGGUGGAGCGGAUCCCAGCGCUGGUUCGAGAAGGUCCUUGGACGAAGUUGAAGUGGAUGGUAGUUGUUGCUGCUGAUUGGUCAGAGUGACUUUGCGUUGCAGUGGACACGGUGAUGCAGACGCUAGUGACUACGCCGCUUGCUACAGGAUCGACCGCAGCGGUGGAAGCAAGUGACGAGUUGAUACAGCGAGCAAACGAGGUGGACGCGUUCUGUCAGAGUCUGAGGCCAGGACCUCUGCAGGAAAUUGUCAAUAAGCAAGUCACACGACUUCGAGAGGCUGCGCAACAUCUUCGGUCGCCGUCCAGUCGACUGGAUGCCGAGUUAGUUGGCAUGGGUAUCGAAAAACCUCGAACGAGAACUGUUCCGAUUCGUGUCACCCCAUUCAUGGGCUCGGCGCUGGCGAGAGCUGCCUCUAAGGUUGGAGUGAAUGCAAAGAAACACCAAGGCGUUAACAGCGUGCGAAAAGCGGCUAAACCACUGUACCGGUGGGAAAAGCGUCGCUUCUUCCGCGGCAGUACCGUCGCACAGCCCAACGUGGCGGUGUCGAAGGCCAAUGCUGGACGGAAGCCUAAUGCAGUGGAAGAAUCAAUUCUUGACGACGUCGACGAAGCUGGUAUGGAGCUUCAUCCAUGCUCUGAACCUGGUCACUACUCGCGCUCAUCGUCCAAUAAGACAUCCACCGCUACUGCCACUGCUAGCAGCUUUGAAUUCCAGAUUAUCCUGACUGAAGAAGAGUUCAAGGCUCUGAAGUUCCAACGACGGCGACUAGAAGCCGAGCAACGCCAUUUGUCGCGAAGAAGCAAGUCUUGA